CAACAGAGUCACAAAUGCAUCACACCUCUCGUAAAGAGACAACAAGACUGUUCCUUUGUCCCUUGAUUCUUUCUUGUCAGAUCGAAGAGAAACAAUCUGAGAAAAUGGGUGGUCAUGGAGAAGGAGUGUCUCUUGAAUUCACUCCGACGUGGGUCGUCGCCGGAGUUUGCACCAUCAUCGUCGCGAUUUCUCUCGCCGUGGAGCGUUUGCUUCACCAUUUCGGCACUGUUCUCAAGAAGAAGAAGCAGAAACCUCUCUUCGAAGCUCUUCAAAAGGUUAAAGAAGAGUUGAUGCUGUUAGGGUUCAUAUCAUUGUUUCUGACCGUAACGCAAGGACUAAUCUCCAAGAUCUGUGUGAGAGAGGAAGUGCUAAUGCAUAUGCUUCCAUGUUCAAAACAAGAAGCUGAGUUAAGUAAACACAAAAACGUGACGACUACAACAACAGAGCAUUUUCAGUCUUUGAUCCCUAUUGUUGGGACCACUAGGCGUCUACUAGCUGAACAUGCUGCGGCUGAAGCUGGUUACUGUAGCCUUAAGGAUAAAACACCGUUGCUUUCUCUUGAGGCGUUGCACCAUCUACACAUCUUCAUCUUUGUACUCGCCAUUUCCCAUGUGACAUUUUGUGCUCUUACCGUGGUUUUUGGAAGCACCAGGAUCUACCAAUGGAAGAAGUGGGAGGAUGCGCUUGCAGACGAGAGUUUUGACCCUGAAGCAGCACUUGUGAAAAAAAGUGUCACUCAUGUACACCAACAUGCUUUUAUUAAAGAGCAUUUUCUCGGCAUUGGUAAAGAUUCAGUCUUCCUUGGAUGGACGCAAUCAUUCUUCAAGCAAUUCUAUGGAUCUGUGACAAAAGCUGAUUACGUGACUCUGCGCCUUGGUUUCAUUAUGACGCAUUGUAAAGGAAACCCAAAGCUUAACUUCCACAAGUACAUGAUGAGAGCUCUUGAGGAUGAUUUCAAACAUGUUGUUGGUAUCAGCUGGUAUCUUUGGAUCUUCGUCGUCAUCUUCUUGCUUCUUAAUGUUAAUGGAUGGCACACAUAUUUCUGGAUAGCAUUCAUUCCCUUCAUUCUACUUCUUGCUGUGGGAACAAAGUUGGAGCAUGUGAUAUCACAGUUAGCUCAUGAGGUUGCAGAGAAACAUGUAGCAAUUGAAGGAGAGUUAGUGGUGAAACCAUCAGAUGAGCAUUUCUGGUUCAGCAAACCUGAGUUUGUUCUCUUCUUGAUUCAUUUCAUCCUCUUCCAGAAUGCUUUCGAGAUUGCCUUCUUCUUUUGGAUUUGGGUUACGUACGGCUUUGAUUCAUGCAUUAUGGGACAAGUGAGAUACAUUGUUCCAAGAUUGGUGAUUGGAGUCUUCAUUCAAGUGCUUUGCAGUUACAGUACACUGCCUCUUUACGCCAUUGUCUCUCAGAUGGGAAGUAACUACAAGAAAGCGAUAUUUGAGGAGAAUGUGCAGGUUGGUCUUGUUGGUUGGGCACAGAAAGUGAAGAACAAGAGAGCCAGUAAUGGGAACGAAGGUAGCUCUAAUGCUGGUACAACCCCUAGUCCUCCUGGUGCUGGUGCAGGUUUUGCAGGAAUUCAGCUCAGCAGAUUAACAAGAAACAACGCAGGGGAGACGACACAAAAUGAGAUUACACCUGCUCAUGUCAACAACCAUUGAGUAGAGUCUAGAGAUAACUUAUCGUCAGAUUUUAGCUUACAUAUCCGGUUUUGUUGCUAUACAUAAGCUCUAGUGACUUGAUUUUUUUUUUUUUUGAAAUAUAGAAACCAAAACUUUAAGGUCUGCGAUCUUGUCUCUUAAAUAGACCAGUGAUUUAAAUGCAUAAAGAACCAGAUGGUGUUUACCACUGCUUCAUAAUAAUAAUAAUAUUAAAGCCAUCUCCAAAUGAAAAA